AUGUCUAAGUUGAUCACUAUUUUUGGCGCCACCGGAAACCAGGGUGGUUCCGUCAUCGACGCCAUUCUCGCCGAUACCCAGCUCUCGAAGGAAUUCAAGAUCCGGGGUAUCACCCGCGACACCACCAAGAAAUCGGCACAGGACCUGGCCAAGCGCGGUGUCGAUGUUGUCUCGGCCGAUCUGGGCUCAGUCGACACUCUCACUGCGGCGUUGAAGGGAUCCCACACUGUGUUCCUCGUCACCAACUACUGGGAGACUAUGAACCCCGACAUUGAGUUCUCCCAGGGCAAGAAUGUGACCGAUGUCUCCAAGGCUAUUGGUGUUUCUCACCUGAUCUUCUCAUCUCUCCACCAUGUUACGGAGGAGACCAAGGGUCGCCUGAGCCAUGUGCCUCAUUUCGAUAGCAAAGCCAAUAUCGAGAAGUAUAUUCGUGCUUCGGGCGUUGGAUGCAGCUUUGUCCUUCCCGGUUACUACAUGAGCAACUUCACCCAGAUGCUCAGUCGUGCUGAGGAUGGGUCAUACCAGCUUUUCUACCCGGUGGGAAAGCAGGCUCAAUUCCCUCUCUUCGAUGCGGCCCAGGAUACAGGUCUCUUCGUGAGAGCUGCCAUAAAGCACGCUGGCCAGCUGAAGGACAAGCAGAUAUUGGCCGCUGCGAAGUACUACACCCCCGAGCAGAUCGUGGACACCUUCUCCAAGGUGACUGGCAAGAAGGCUGUCUUCGUCCAAGUCUCUUCCGAUCAAUACAAGGCCUCCCUUCCUGCUGCUAUCGCUGAUGAGUACCUUGAGAACCAGCUAUUUGUGGAGGAGCCUGGCUACUACCUCGGAGAACCCCUCGAGCCCAGCCUGAGCCUUCUCGAUAGUAAGCCUACUACGUGGGAGGAGUUUGUGAAGAAGAACGUUUCUGCUUGGAAAUAG